AUGAGGACAUCCUGGACGUUGGUGAGGAUUCAGGGCCACCCAUCCACCCUCAGGACCACCCAGCCACCCAUCAACUCCCAGGGCCAUCCAUCAAUCCCAAGGACCACCAAGCUCCACUUUCAGGACCACCCAUCUCCAUCUUCAAGGCCACUCAUCUCCACCUUCAGGGCCAUCCAUCCCCACCUUCAGGGCCACCCACUCCACCCACAGGCCACUCCACCUCACUGUCACCCAUCUCCACCUUCAGGGCCACCCACUUCCACCUUCAUUGUCCCCAUCUUCAUCUUUAGGUCACCCAUCUUCACCUUCAGGCCACCCAUCUCCACCUUCAGGGCCACCCAUCUCCACCCACAGGGCCACUCACCUUCACCUUCAGGGUCACUCACCUUCACCUUCAGGGUCACCCAUCUCCACCUUCAGGGCCACCCAUCUCCACCUUCAGGGCCACCCAUCUCCACCUACAGGGCCACCCAUCUCCACCUUCAGGGUCACCCAUCUCCACCUUCAGGGUCACCCAUCUCCACCUUCAGGGCCAUUCACUUCCACCUUCAUUGUCCCCAUCAUCUUUAG